UCCCGCUCGCAGAACCAGCAGUACCUGGUGAGGGCCUCCUACCUGGAGAUCUACCAGGAGGAGAUCAGGGACCUCCUCGCCAAGGACCAGAGCAAGAAGCUGGAGCUGAAGGAGAACCCCGAGACGGGCGUUUACAUCAAGGACCUCUCCUCCUUCGUGACCAAGAACGUGAAGGAGAUCGAGCACGUGAUGAACCUGGGGAGCCAGGCGCGCUCGGUGGGCAGCACCAACAUGAACGAGCGCAGCUCCCGCUCCCACGCCAUCUUCCUCAUCACCGUGGAGUGCAGCGAGACGGGGCCCGACGGCCCGGAGCACAUCCGCGUGGGUAAGCUCAACCUGGGGGGCCUGGCGGGUAGCGAGCGCCAGGCCCGCCUGCUCCAGGACUCCCUCGGCGGCAACGCCAAGACCAUCAUGGUGGCCACCUUGGGCCCGGCCUCCCACAGCUACGAGGAGAGCCUCUCCACCCUGCGGUUCGCCAACAGGGCCAAGAACAUCAAGAACAAGCCGCGGGUGAACGAGGACCCCAAGGACACCCUGCUGCGGGAGUUCCAGGAGGAGAUCGUGCGGCUGAAGGCCCAGCUGGAGCGGCGCGGGAUGCUGGGCAGGAAGAGGAGAAGGAGCAGCCGCAGGAAGAAGGCGUCGGACGGGGAGAGCGCCACGGAGAACGAAGGGGAGGAGGACAACGAGGAGGGCCUGGAGAAGAGCAUGGAGAGUUACCUGAAGGAGCAGAAGGAGAGGCUGGAAGAGGAGAAAGCCGCGAUCCAGGAUGACCACAGCCUGGUGAGCGAGGAGAAGCAGAAGCUGCUGCAGGAGAAGGAGAAGAUGAUAGAGGACCUGCGGAAGGAGCAGGAG